CGUAGUUUUACAUAAUUAAUAAUUUUUUGCACUUUUAAAUAAGUCGUAAAGCUUUCAAAAUGUUUGAAAAACGAUCUAAAAAUUUAAUGGUUUUCUAAACAGUUUCCCGCUAAAUAUCAACGGUAACAUGGGGAAUUGGUUUCUAGAUUCGCCGUAAGGGUACGCUAUUUGCAAUGGGUCGUUUAAACCCGCGUUUCGCGCCGGAAAAUACAAAAGUCUCCUGCUUUUUAUUCGUAUUUCACAAAAUAACUGAAGCUUUCACAGAACGACCCAUUGAUCAGUUCCAAUCAAUCAUUCAGGAUAAGAUACCUCUAUACGGAAGCAUCUGAAUGGUUUUUCGUGCAGCCAGUAUCCAACAUUCAGCGCCCACACUGACCCCGAUGGUUAAAUCACAUUUCAGGUGUUUGUUCUUGUGCUGUAACGUCAACUGCAUCCUUCGAUUUUAAAUGCUACUGCAAUUGGUUCACCGAGGCAGUGUUCGUGUUGUGUGUGACGGUGUCGUUAGAGUUCAACGGAAUUGACCCUUCGAAACUUCUCGAACCUGGCUCGUUUAGCAGAAAACCCUCUUGUUACAUCAAUCUCUUGUCAGAUCAGUCUGGAAAACUCUCUUGUCAAAUUAACCUUCUUCAUAAAUCAACCUGGCCUUCUUCAUAGAAACUGGACAAUCCUGGCAGCUCUUGAAAAAUCAACAUAGACCUUCUUCUCAGAGCUGGACAAUCUUCUUAAGGCAGAACUGGAUGGAACAAAGCUGAAUGUGACACUAAACCUGCAUAACUCUUUCGAUAGAGCGAAUCUGGACAACCUGUGAAAGUUGAACAACCCUGUCGACAGAGCAAAGCUUAAUCAGCUCUAACCCUAUUGAAGCUGGAAGAAAUUUUUGAAGCCAUGACGAGAUGAUUAGGGUAUUCGAACCGAGGAUCAUCGAGGAGUAGAUCAUAGGCUGAUCCUCCCCGAUCAGGAAUCGGAUUGUUCAAUGGUUCUUCGAGGAGUGGUUGAACAUCAUGCUCCAUCUCCGGGUUCCAGGGUGGCUAGCAUAGAGUUGGUCAUAAGAGGGGCGAGGAGUCGCGGAGUACGUGGAAGUCAUCCAAACGAGCAGAUACAGAGGGUGGUGGCAGGAAAAGGACGUAAAUAUCCUUGUCACGGUCGCUCGGUUACGAGAAAGCUCCUUUCUUGCGGCGUUCCGCGAGUUCGGCUUUUAAUGAACAACGGCACGUGGCCUUACAGCCUGUGUCGACGGGGAAUAAAAAGGAGCAGAAAGAAGUCGUUCAAAGGGCAAAUUCACUGUUGGCGUUCUACCGUCGAGAGAAAUCGUGGAAUUUGAAUUUUUGAUGGGAGAACUUGGCUCGUUCAAAAUGGAUAACGACAAAGUGAGCCGCUGUUGCGUUCGCGUGUUACGCGUUGUUGUUGUGAAUAAUUUAAACUUAUUAAAAAAGAGUUAAUCGUUGAGGAAAUUUAGUAGAUUUUAAGAAUAGUGUUAUACGAAAAUCCUCGGUUAAUCUUGACGAAACUAGUCGCGUUUUUUCGCUGAACGAUGUAGAUUAGCGGAAGGACUAUAGGGAUCGAAGCCUGACCGAUUACCGGCUCUUAAAAGGAUUUCGACCGUCUCUAGACCGCGCACCUUUAAAGCUAUUCAACCCCUAAAACGGAUCUAAAACGGGAGGGGAACGGUCACGUUUCAGAGUUCCUCUAGUUCGUGACUUGAAGCAAAGAAGAAAAUUCGCGACCGUUUCUUCAAAUUUUAUACAAAGAGCGAAGCUAAAAAUCGAGGAAGGUGAAGAAGGUAAAUAAGAGAGUGGUUCUGUUCCUAUCUUCGUCCAUCACGGACGGAUUUUCGUGAGCGUGCGUGAAAAGGCGUUGCUUGAAAAAAGUGUGCAAGAAGAAACGAGGAUGUGCACCGGCUGGAGCAUUAGGAGUAUCGGACCCUUUAUCGGGAAGAAAUGAAGUUAUCAGUGUCGGCAUAUAGAGCUCAGGCCAGCGCUCAUAAAAAGAUUCUCUCGAAUUAUCAACAUCAGCUGAGUUACGGGGCCACCACUCAGGCGUCCUCGGCCCGGACCCCCUCUGAUCCCGCGACGUUCCUUACCGGCUUCAAGGUGGAUCGUGCGGAGAACGAGGAGGGCCAGGGAGGGGGUGGUCUGUCGACGUCUUCGGCGGGCUGUAGCAGUGCUUCCGGUUCAAAAAUGGGCCCAGGGCCCGAUUCCGGUAGCAGUGCUCCCCCUUCUGCUCCCCAAUCUCUGGCUACCUCCAGAGAUGAAGACGACCACCAAAAUGAAGAAAGCAGUGGUAGACGUUCCAAUGGCCACACAGGAACGCGAACGAAGAGCAACCAAUGUUGGAUGAAGCUACGCACCACGGUGCAGAUGACGUCGACGAUGCAGAAGAAGCCUCCGUUGAAACGCGAAGACUCGUUCCUGAAGCGUUUCUCGACCAGACAGAUCCCGGAGAGCCAGGAGACGCUGGACACAGCGGAGGGCGAGGGCGACGCCAUAGACGACAAGGACUCGAACGGUCGUCGUCGACGUCGGCCGAGAAGACCCCAAAAGCCACCGAAGACCGUGGUGAAUCCUGACGAAAAUUUCUACUAUUACUGGCUGAUGCUUCUGUCCGCUUGCGUGCUGUACAAUUUGUGGACGCUGAUCGUACGACAAAGUCUGCCGGAACUGCAGGCGCUGGCGCCGGCUAGUUGGCUCGCGUGCGACGGCUUCACGGAUUUGGUGUUCUUCCUGGACGUGGCGGUGCAAUUCCGUACCGGAUACCUCGAGCAAGGUCUGAUGGUCUACAACAGCAAGAAACUGGCCGGCCAUUAUCUGAAAUCGAAGUCGUUCGUGCUCGAUCUGCUCGCGUUGUUGCCGCUCGAUCUGCUGCAAGUGAACCUAGGCAGCAACCCCAUGCUCCGUUUUCCGAGGUUCCUCAAGAUCUACCGAGUGUACAAUUACUAUUACAUGGUCGAAUCGCGGACAGUUUAUCCGAAUUUGUGGCGUGUGUUGAACCUCAUCCACAUACUGCUGAUCCUGGCGCACUGGUUCGGCUGCUUUUACUACUUGCUCAGCGAAGCCGAAGGAUUUCAAGGGGACUGGGUCUACCCGUAUCGACCUGGAGAGUACGCAACCCUGACCAGAAAGUACCUAGGAUCGCUGUACUGGUCCACACUCACCCUGACCACCAUCGGCGAUCUGCCCACCCCGGAAACCAACGCCGAAGUCGUAGCGGGCGGCAAUCCCCGGAGCCUCGCUCGUCGUGGCCGACUGUCCCGGCUUCUGCAGUUCAAGCAUAACGGAGGGUACGUCUUCACGAUAGUCAGCUACCUGAUCGGUGUCUUCAUAUUCGCCACCAUCGUUGGCCAGGUGGGCAACGUGAUCACCAAUCGAAACGCGAAUCGUCUGGAAUUCGAGAGACUUCUAGACGGUGCCAAGACCUACAUGAGACAUCAUAAAGUACCAGGAGGGAUGAAGAGACGUGUGCUCAGGUGGUACGACUACAGCUGGUCUCGAGGAAGGAUACAGGGCGGCGGUGACAUCAACACAGCCUUGGGACUACUUCCGGACAAGCUGAAGACCGAGCUGGCCCUGCACGUGAAUUUGUCGGUGCUGAAGAAGGUCACCAUCUUUCAGUUUCAGAUGUCGAGUCACAAGUUGGCACGCGAGCAGGUCGAGGCAAAGUAAAAGAAGGUCAUCGAAGAGAAACGUACGCAAGGAGAAAAAAGAGACGAGUCGCGAACUGUGUUCAUGAUUCUCGUAAUACGAUCAUAAAGCCUGUGCCGUUUGUUGCAAGAGAAAUUAGAUAGCUUAAUUUUGUUUAACUCUGU